GAGAGCUGGCGGAGGGCAUGCGGGUCGCGGUCAUCGAGGCCUUCAACACGGAUGCGGGCAGACGGGUCCGUGUCCCUGUCGGGCUCGUCGGGGCCGUGGUGCACGUCGCUAGUCCCGCUGACAAUGUCAUCAUCCAGUGGGACGAGCCGAUGCGCCUGCGGGGAGUCGGCGCUUCGCCGAUGCCGCGUGCGCAGUGGAGAAUGCUGAAG